AUGGAGGAGGUGGAGGAUAGGAGGGUAUGGAGGUUGACUAGUCGGACGACAGUGGGUGUUCGUGAUAUACUGACGAUAAGUGAGGGAUCGGUGACUCAGCAGAUGGAGGGCGACUGGAUUUGGAGUCUACGUGUUCUCCCUCGCAUCGCACUUUUCAUGUGGAAGGUAGCCUGGGGUUGCCUACCCACGAGGAGCAUUCUGGCGCAGCAGGGUAUGAGGAUUUCUUCAACAUGUGGAUCCUGCUCGGAGGUGAAGACUAUAUACCAUGUGCUGAUUGAGUACCCACGGGCCAGUCAGAUAUGGAGGAGUGCUGGGGUUCAUUUUGACCAAGGGCAGAGGUGGCUAUCUAUUGAGGAGUUCCUGCUCUUUCUAGAGGAGUCGGCAUCAGGACCUGGGCUGGAGGAGAGAGGGACUCGUGCUGCCUACCUGGUCUAUUACUCGUGGUUGGACAGGAACGUCCGAGUUUUUAAAAGCAGCAGUACACCCCCGAGAGUGGUGGCGGCCAGAGCACUAUUGCAUGCUACAGAGUUCACUAGUGCUGCUGAGAUUUCACCUACUGGUCUGGCUAGGGACAUCUGGGGCCUCCUUCCUGCUCUUGUAGGGCUCAAGUAUGUGUUCGUAUCUUGGGUGCCCCCACGUCCUGCCUUUCUGAAGGUAAAUUUCGAUGGUAGUGUGGCGGACGAUGAGAGACGCGGUAGUGCAGCUUUUGUCAUUAGAGACCAUGAGUCCAGACUAGUGACGGCAGGUGGCUAG